AUGGCAUUGCGAAGCUCCAGAGAUUCAAUCAAGGAUCAAGAUGCACAAUUGGUGCUGGAGGCUUACGAAAGAUAUCCAAGUGAAACGACUAGUCAAAACGAGUCCAAAGAUCAGCCUAACGAAAGCACUUCAGCACAUGAAACUAGGAGAUCAACAGUGGCUGAAGCUCCAGACAGUUUGGCACAGAGUAGAAAUCAACCUUCGCUCAGCUCUGAUAGUCCACUCAAUUUGAAUCAAACUGUCGACGGAGAAAAAAAGUUUGACGAUAUUUUAAUCCUUGACUCGUCACCAAUGUUAGAAGAAUUUCUUAACCAGAGUCAAUCGGAGGAUAUCAAGAUUGACGCGAGACACAUUCUCGUAACACUGCCACUUCAAGAGAUCCUGGCAGAAGGUGGCCAAAGUCUGAGCAAUGUUGUGCCGCAGAGAACUGAAACGUCUAUCAAUACGCAACGAGUGUCUGGCGAUCAAGUCGCUGCCACUGGAGCUGAAACAGCUACAUUGGAGAAUACCAGUGUUGCUACAAAGCUUGCAAGCUCCACAAUUAGCUUGCAGUUUGAUUUAGCCUCAGCCAAAAUUGUGUUGAGGAAAUUGUUAAAAGCAAUAAUUAAAUUUAUGCAGCUGAAAGUAAGUCGGUUCAGUAAAUUAAAUCAAAAAAGAAAGACACGCAUCAAUAAUAUUGUCAAUAUCUUAGUCGGUGUCGAUGGACUGUCUUUAAUCAGAGCAUUGACUACGAUUAGAGAUACUCACGAGGAUUCCCCAUCAUACAUUCUCUUUUUUGAUUUUAUCAGUCAUUCAAAGAAGGAGGAUUGGAGACUCUGGCCAACGGUUCGAAAGUUUGAAAUGCUUUUAAAUGAAGAACACUCCUUCCGUGGUCUCGAGAGAAGGGUUAGCCGCGAAGACUUGAUGAGGAUUCUUAGUACACUUGGGACUCUAGAGGGUUGUUUACUUGUGUGCGCCUUGUCAUCGAAAUCCAAAACCCCUGAACAAAUAGCCUUGUGCAAGGUUUUUGUGGAGAUCUGCUCUAUGGCAUCCGAACAUGCCUCAAACCAAGCAAUUCCCGCCCAGAUUCAGCAAGCUGCAUCCACAUCGGAGAAAGAAGUGGUCGCUAAGGUCUUUGGAUCACAGAUAGGAUCAUCAAUACUCAGUCGUCUAGAAGGUAGAAAUGAUCAUAGUGAUGUCUUGCUACUUCGCAUGUUGCUCAUGGACGACAAACUGAAAAUGAAAAAGAACAUACUCGAAAGUUUCCUUAAAGAUCAACAGUUCUCACAUAAUAAGUUCAUUUGCGGAAGUGAUGUCCCCAUGACAGUGGAAGCAUUAGUCUCAGAUUUUGGCAGGGGUCUUAUCCGCGAGACAUGUGUGUCCAAAAUUACAGAUUUGGAAAGCCUCAAACCAAAAUCUCUCAAACUGAGAUUCAUAAAAGCUCAGGAUGAAGACCCAUGUGCUUAUCUUUUCUUCUUAAAGAGUUUAAAAAGUAGUCAAAAUGACUAUCGAGGCGACUAUCAAGCUAUCUCCCCAAUCUCUCGAGCAGGUUUGAAUAGCCGAAAACAAAAGAUUUCUGACCUCAUUCACAAUAACAAGGAUGAACUCUUGAAGCAAAUCAAUCAACAACUAACUAGAAUCGGUGGGAGUAGAUUUAACCGCGAGGUAUUAGACAAAUAUUUCGAAAACGUCAGUGAGACAUUGAGGAAUAUGUCUAUGGAAUUCGACAAUGGUGUUGAUUCAUUUCAUCUGCACUUAUCGAAUUUUAUGGACCAGCUCAGUAAGGCUUAUAAAGACCAAAACAUCGAGCUCCCUGAUCGGUUAGAUUACGCGAAAAUCAAAGAGUCUGCUUUACAGUGCGUGAACUCUUUUGAGUAUCACAUCGCUCACCUUGAAAGUUUACAUCCCCAGAUUGAUAGCACAUGGAAAUCCAUUGAAAGAGUCGUGUCAUGUUUGAAGGUGUACUAUUUUUAUACGAGAGGCACUUUGAUCAAUUACUUGUGCGAAGGGCAGGAAAGCGUUCGGCUUAUGGCAGGGGGGAUCUUGUUUGUCGAACAAAGAAGAACUAUGAUGGGUGUUUUUAUCAAAUGA